AGAGAUGCCAUUUGAAGAAGAGUUCACCAUCGCGUACAGCUCCAUAAUAAGCAUUAAAAGAAAAAAAAAACUUCUCUCCAGUUAUAUAUCCUUUUUGCAAACCAGUUGAGGAAAACUCGUUAGCUAGUUAGUACUCCCAAAUUUUUGCGUCUCCAAUUUUUUUUUUUUUUUCAACUUCUCCCUUUCCCGUUGUUACGCAGUGUCAAUUGUAGCCGCAGUACGGGAUGAUUACAGCCCAUUUUAUUUGAUUUUUUGAAAACCCCAAGAUAGAGGGGAAGGGGGGAGCAUCGCACGUGCAGACGUACGUUAGUGCUCUCUUCUACACGCUUGUGGGAGUGUCAUAAGACGGCAAUUUUUUCCCCUUCACCAACUUUUGAAAGAGUACCAAAGGUCAUUCGUAGGUACCGCCACACCGUAUGCAUGGCUACGUGCGCAUAGAGCCUCCCCGCCCAGUCGCCGCGACAGCUGGAAAGGCGCUUAAAAAUAAAUGCCGCUAAAAGGUAGCGUUCCAUCGUGAGACCGCUUCCUGGUGUACCCCGCUUCCUGCCCGUCCUGCAAGAUGAAGCGCAGUCAAAUGCUCAAAGAAACGCUGAAGAAAAGCAAAAUUCCAACGGAUGUCUACAGAAAGCAACAGAAGAAGAAAGAGAAAAAAAAAAAAAAACAGGAGUGGUCCGAACAGCUGGAAAAACUUGUGAGCACAAAGAAUCCACAUGACGUUAAGGAAAAGUUAGAUGCCCUGAGGACAAGGGAGCAGCAAGGGAAGCUCCUGCACGUGGAAAAAAAAAAACUGAAGCAGUAUGAAACUUUGUGGAAUUUGAUAAAGGAGAAGGUGAAGGAUGGAAGCUACUUCUACAGCAACAAUGGGGUGGUGUUCAGCAUGAGUGGACAGCACGGGGGGGACGGUGCAGACGGGGGUGAUGCUGCAAACAGCGGUGAUGGUGAAGACAACUUUCCUGGUGAGGAGCGCCUGGAUGGCGCACCUGGCGGCGAAAGCGACUGCGCCAGCUCAGAUGUCGAAGUGAGUUCGGAGUCAUCCGAUGAGAGUGAUGGCUCAAGCAGCGUGCAAAGUGGUGACGUAAACAGCUCGCAGGGUGACGAUUUGGGAGGAGCUCCAGGGGGGGACCACCAGGAGGAGGAGGACUUCUUCCUGGAGUCCCUACCCUCCCUGCCAAAAGGCCUGCCCGAUGAAUUUAUCAUACCGAACGUGAAUGCGCCCCCGAGUGUGAGCGGCUACCCGGGUGUAAGCGGCUACCCGAGUGUAGGCAGCUACGCAAGUUACCAGCCACCAGUCCCCUUUAACGCCACAGGCCAGAGCAGUGGGUUCUAUGCGUACAGCAAUAAUGGGUAUUAUGGUGGAUACCCAAAUGGCGUAAAUUUUUAUUUUGGCUCGGGGUACCCUGCCCAGUAUGUACAUGCGGGUGGGAGCAAAAGUUGCCUGGACAGGCAAGGUAAAAAAGAAAAAGCCAUUCCAACAGAUGAUGGGCAGCAAAACGGGAAGAGCGAAAAAAGCAGUAAGGACAGUCUUCCCCCUCGUGGUGAAGACCAUACGGAUCCGUCUUCUUCAAAAUUGAGUAGUAACGCACCUAACGUUUCGAGCAAAGAAGGGGAGUUUCCCCCCGAGGGAGAUUCCACUUUAGCCACUGUUGGAACGAAGGAUGAUGUUGACGCUUCCAGGGACGCCCAUGGGGAUGGCCCCCCCGUUUGUGCGAACCCUAAGGAAGAUGAAGGGGAGAAGAAUUCCGCCCAUGACGGUGCGGGAAGCCACCUCAACGGUGCCGAAAUUGAUUGUAAAGCGGCAAACGGAAGGGGUGGCACAGUACCACCACCUCCACCGAGUGUUCCCCCGAGUGACUACCCGAACAGUGGCACGCAGAACCCCUUUAUGGCUCCCAGUUAUGGGGGCAAUUACUACUACAAUUACGCGCACAUGUAUGGCAAUUUUAAUGCGGGCCAAAUGAAUGGAGGCAACUGUUUCACCCCCACGAAUAGUAACAUGGCGUUGUGGGGCGCUCCUAAUUUAAGGGGAGGACACGGGUAUGCUGCCCCUUCAAGGAACUACGGAGAUAGGGGAAAGAGGCACACCAACCCUAAUAGGGGUAGGGGGGGGAAUCCCGCACCGAAGAAGGCUCGAAUGGGGGCAGGCGGGGCAAGCGGAGCAAACUAUGGCUUCCCCACGAGUCAGCCAGAUGAGUAUGAUCAGAGUGGUUAUGGCGCACGUGGUCAGGGGGCAAGGCGGGCUCAUCCGCGGCAGCGACAUCGAGAGGAUCGGACGAUGGAACCGCGCCAUGGACAGGAAGGGGACCUGCAGCGGACCGCUCAACCGACCGCUCAACCGGCCGAGCAGUAUUUCGUGCCCAUCAAUUUAAGACUCAAGAACAAACUAAACGAUCUGUGCGAAACAAAAAUUAACGCCGUCAAGAAGGAAAGAAGUGACAGCGACAAAAAUAUUAACCUAGACGUAGAGUAUAGUAAGUUCAUCAAAGAGGUAGAUUUGGGAUAG